AUGCGUUACUCUCUGGCCGUUCCGGCUUUUGCAGCCCUGGCUGCAGCCCUUCCUGCUCCUCAGCUUAUCGACCUUGACAUGGUCAUCGCACAGCCCGAAAUUUCCUACACAACCACCGCUUCAAGCGUCACCUACGAUGCUACCUCUAUCGCUGCACAGGCUACGGAUGAUAUCACCUCGGUCUCCGUGGACGUCAGCGCUAUCGCUACCGCAACUCCUCUUGCAAUUGAGAAGCGAGGUGCAUGUGCCCCUCAGCCUACUGGCGUCCUUGGAGCCUACGGCCCUCCUGCCCAAGCAAGCGACGAUACUGUAGCAGCUUUCGCUGCCAACACUGCCUUUGCAGCUGCUGCUUCUAACGCUCCUACUCCUUCUGGCUACUCGAACACCUUCAACAACCUGAACGCAUCUAACAAUGCCUACGGUUAUAUGGGCUACACUACCCUCACAAGCUAUGACACUGAGAAGUGUGCCUCCAAGUGCAACGCUAUCAAUGGCUGCAUGUCCUUCAACUUGUACUUCGAGCGUGACCCAUCUGGUCCCGUUUCUUCUUCCAACGCCAACAACUAUGGUCAAUGGCGCAACAAGUUCCAGGUUGCCAUCGCUGGUUCCAAUGGUUACACCAACCAGACUCUCGAAGUCCCUGCUGGCUUUGGCAAUGUUCAGUACCUCAACAACGCUGCUAUCAACGCUCCUCUUGAUCACGAAGGUUACGACACCUACAUGGGCUCUCGUAUCUUCACUGCUGGCCCUUUCAAUGCUUCUCUCUGCGCCGCCUACUGCCAAACUCAGAACACCUACAACAUUGCCCACCCUCCCAACAACGGUGCUCCCGUUAAGAUCUGUAACUUCUUCAACACCUACCUGCUUUAUGUCAACAAGACCUCCAACAUUGAAGGCCAAUACUGUGCUAUCUACGCCACUAACAAGGGCCAGUACCGUGGAAACGAUCGUGAGUCUAGCAAAGCUUGUGCUGAUGAAGCAAUAUCUAACACUGGCCAGACNUACAUGAUUGAGUACUCUUACACAUUCACCAACACAUCCAACCCCGGCUUCAAGCCCUCGAAGGGUGACACCAACGGUGCUAUCCACCAGGCUUCCAUCGACAUCGAGCACGCCACUCUCCAGCCCUUCUGCUCCGCAGCUCUUGGAUACAGCGAUCUUCUUGCAACCGUCACUCCCACCACCUUUGUCACUCCCGUGGCCACCAGCACAGUUUUCAGCACCACCACAGCUACCGCUUCUAGCAUCAACAAGCGCUCUGCUCUUACUACCACUUCUGCAUCUUUGUCAAUUCCCGCUGUUCUGAAGAAGUANCCCUCUUCGAUUCUGUCCAGCGCCUGCUCCAUGGUCGUCACUCAAGCUACCAGCACCUCCACUUCCACCGCCACUGUCUUCACCGUCACCGCUUCUACGCAGACCACUCUUGAGACUUUGAUCCAGACCGUCACCGCCUCUCCUAUCCCCAGCACCUGUGGUAACAAGGGUAUCAAAUACGCUUACUACGGCGGCGACUCUUACCACGAGGGCGACCGUGUCAACUAUGUGCAGCCAUCAAACUACGCAAAUGUUGAGCCCACUUGGGAGUCUACCACUAGUAUGGUCGGUGGCGUCAACGUUCAACCAGGUACCUCUAUGCAGAUCUACGACUCAGGACGUCUUGUCAACUCUGAAUACUUCAUUCUGAACCACCACGGCUACGUUUCGGGCACAUACACCUUCGAAAUCGGCAACCCCGAUGACGUGGUAUUCUUGUGGCUUGGUGAGUAUGCUCGACAGGGCUGGAACAAGUACAACGCAGAUGCUGCUGCCUCAUUAGCCUCUGAUACUGGUUUCGGCUAUUCCGAUUCGACCGAAAUCACUCUGGAGGCUGGAAAAUACCUACCUUUCCGCAUCCUUUUCGGCCAACAAGGAGGUCCGGCUCGCUUUUCGUUCUCUAUCACUGCUCCUGAUGGCACUGUCAUUCUGGGCAACAACACUCCUCAGUCGGAUGCUAUUGUGCAGUUCUCCUGCGACGGCACUACCGCUCCCCAGUUCCCUGCUUUUGGCCACGAGUAA